AUGGCUGAAAUUGUUGAUUCAUGUUGUGUGCCAACAUCAAUGGCAGUACAAUUAACAAAACCUGAUAAAAAUAAUAAUACAACGGCUAAUGUUGAUGAUGGUAUUAUUUUACCGUCUGAACAGUGUGAUGUUACUGAGGAUGGAACAGAUGAGAAAUCUGAAAGUAUCGGUGAUAGCGAUGAUCGUCGUCUUUCAUCCGGUGGUGAUGAUGAUGGAAAUAAUAAUGAUAAUAAUAAUACGAUUGCAACUGAGAUCACAACAGUUGGCUCUUCAUCAACAUCGUCAAAUAAUGAAACUGAAGUACCUAUAAAUAAUGAAUCAACUAUUAAUAAUACAAAUACAUCUACCAAUAAUAAUAAUCCAACUGAUCCAUAUAAAGAUUUUUCAGGUGUUGAUACAGAAUCUUUUAUAGCAACAACAUUACGUAAUAAUCCAAAAGAUCGAACAUUACUUUUACAACUUGAAACACUUCUUCAACAAUUUAUUCAAGAUGAUGAACAAAUAUCACAUCAAUUUCAAGCGAUGAAUUCAUAUGAACGAAUGAUUGUUCAUCGUGUUGCAGCAUUUUUUGGUCUUGAUCAUAAUGUUGAUAAAAAUGGACAAGCUGUUGUUGUCACUAAAACACCAAAUACUCGAAUCCCUAACUUUUCAUUUCAAAAAUGCAUUCCAGAAGAUGAAUCAACCGAUAUAAUAAGUGGUGCUUCAACAACGACAACAACAGAAAAUCCAAUCACAUUAACAAAUCAAACUGAAAUUCCAACACGUCGUAUUUUACGUCGACAUGAAAAAAAUUUUAAUCAUGAUCAUUCUCAACGGAAUGGUCUUCAUGAUGAAUAUAUUAAUCAACAGAUAUCAUCAACAACAAAAACUCAACCAUUAUCAAAACCAUAUUCCGAACGUGUAAAUAAUUAUGCUGAAACACGUGCUAGAAUAUUUAAUGACACUAGUGAAUCAUCAAAUACAGCAAUAACAAAUAAAAAUAUGAAACUUAAUCAAAAACAACAUUCAGGUUUUAUUCGACCAUCUUAUCGAAAACAACAACAGCAACAACAACAACAUCAGAACAGUUCACAUCAACAUCGUUCUUAUACAUAUCAACAUUCACAACAAACAACUAACAAUCAUAUGCAACAGUAUUCAACUGGAAAAACAAUAGAUAUACCUAGUCAUAUGCUCAAUACUUCGACAACUAGAACUCCAUCUAUUUAUUCAACACAACAACCACCAUCAGCGAAUCUUAACAUAGCACAACAACCAAUCUAUGCCUCAAUGAUAGCAUCAAAUCCUGGUACAGGAUCAUUACGUACACCAACUAGUACUUCUUUUUAUACUCAAUCACAACCACAAAUUGUUGAUUAUGAUUAUAAACAACAAGCGGGUGGAGCACAUAUGUAUAAUUAUGUCCCUAUGAUACCUCCAUCAGCAUCGAAUUUUAUUCAUCAACAACAACAACAGACACAAUCAUUACAUCCUCAACAACCAACUACAUCAGCAACAGCUGGUCCAAAUCAAGUGCCAUCACAACAUGGAGCUGGUAUUCCAAUGCCUAUAUUAGUUCAUCAACAACCAACUGGACAAAUACAAUAUAUAUUUCCUGCUCAUGCUUUACAGCAACAACAACAACAACAGCAACCUCAACCACAAACAGCAAAUCCUUACCCAUUAACACCUGAUGGUCAAUAUGUUCAGCUUUAUCGACCAGAUACAUUAUCUAUACCAUCUGGUCCACCAACAGGACCACCUCCUUCAAUUGUUGACAGUAAUAAUUCACAUCAUCACCAGUUUUCUCAAAAUCAAUCUUAUCAUCACCAUCAAAUCUCUCAACAACAGCCCUCGCAACAACAACAACAAGUCCCACCUUCUCAGUCAAAUUCUGCACUACAACCACCACCUUUCGUAAGAAUAUAUCCUACAGGACAAACAGGUAAUGUUUCACAUCAAUUUGCUCAAGCAACUUACCAAGCACCUCCGCCACAACAACAAACAACAUUUGUUCAACCAGGCACUAUUCCAACACAAUCUUAUAUGAUUCCUCCUCCGCAAAGUGCAGGUGGUGUUCAAACUUAUCCAACAUAUGAUAAUAGUAUACCAUAUAAUACUUAUGGUUCAACAACUGCAGGAAAAUCUAAUGUGAAUAAUAAUGGAACAUCCGUACAAUAUGCAACAAAUCAUUUAUCAACAUUGAAUUUACAAGGCCAACAUGAUGAGUAUCAAACACGUUUAAUCAAUAAUCAACAAACACGUUAUUCUCAUCCGAAUGGUUCAACAAUGAAUAAUCAACAACAAAGAAAUUUUAUGGGACGACCAUUAGUUCAAUCACCAAAUGGCUCAGCAGCAACACCUCGUAUGGCUGUUUAUUCAACAUCAAAUCAACAAUAUCGUCACACCCGUCCAUUAAAUAUAUCAAACACUGAUAAACAAAUAACAUCAAUCGAGAAUGAUCCGAAAUCUUUAGUAUCAACACAACAGCAGCAACAACCACCACAAACUAAUUCCGAUAAUAUGUCGCUGGCCGGUCCAGCACAAGAGUGA